AUGCCAAAAAUAGAUAAAACCCAAAAGAAAAAUAAAACUAAAAAAACCCUCUCCUUACCCACUCCCUCCAAACCUAAAAAAACUAAAAAUCCUUCGGCUUACUAUGAAUGUAUGGCCUCCCAAAGUCAAACCGGACUCAAACCCUCCUUAACUAAGUGCUGCCAGAACUGUAAAGUCAACAGUCAAGCCCUGCUAAGUAAAAAACAGCAAGCCCGCACCAAAGAGUUGAAAAAGAUUACGGCAGCCUACCAGCAAAUUGGGAUUAGUUUAGGGAAACUAUUAAGAGAUAAAAGACCUCAACCUAAACCAAAAAAAGAACCACCCCUAAUCCAAGACAACUGUUUAGAAGAUGCUCAGAACUGCCAAUACUUCCAAUUCUUUGAUAGCAAAGAAAAGAAACUCCUUACCAAUU